CCCUAAUAUGGUGAAUCACCCAAUGUUCUUAGACCCAAGAAAAACCGCAGCAUCCAAUCAAGUUGUCAACCAUAAACUCCCAAUCAAAGACCCACCCACAGCACAAUCUGGCACACUUAUCAAACUUGAUCAAUUGCAAUGUUCCCUAAGCGUUUUCGGGACCCCAAAACAGGUUUUCAUCUGCUGAGUUCAAUGCAUUCCAAGAAAUACCUGAAAAAUAUUGGGCUGGAAAGCGAAGACUACUACUUUUUGAAACGUGUUGGGACGGGCUUACUUUGCACCUAUGCCGUACUUGGGGCACUGUGGCUCUACAAUGACAAUUCAUCACUGGGGUGGUGGAAACCGAAGGAGCAUGAAGAAGCAGUGAAGGAUUUCAUUGCCAAGGGAAGGGUGAUUGGAACCAGUAUUGGUGCAAAAGUGAUGGGUGAGAGUGAUAAGGAUGGAAACAAUAACCAGAAGGAGCUGCAGGGCAAGAAUUUUGAUGAGGAAGCUCAGAAGCUGCGGUUGGGGAUGAAGAAUGAGGUCACAACUGAACUUAAGAAGAAGGGUUUAGAUGUUGAAUGAUUUGUACAGUGAAUGCCGGUGUCACUCCCCAUGAAUCAUGAUACAUGAACUGAUUGCAUGUUAGGAAACUUAUGCAUGCUACAUGGUACGUAAAUAACUUGCAUUUUUCUGUGUUAGAUUAAACAUGGAAUGAUGAUAAAAGGGAAGGAAUAAUCAGUCUGGUCUUCUUUGUUGGUUGGAAGGUCAGUUUGUUUGCCCCAGCAAUUUCCCUUGUGUUAGGCUUAUAAUACUUUUCUUGUGGUGUUUAUUUUGAUGUAAUGUUAGUAUCAAUCAACUACAGAUAAUUUUAAACAUGAAUUUAAAGUAAUUAUUAUCAAAGAA